AUGAUACGUCUCGUGGACGGUGGAUCACGCGUCCAGCGUGUACCUGGGCGCGCAGUACGAUGCGCACCUCCGCUUCACCUCACCGCGGAAACGGCCAAGCAGGUAGCCACUAGCCCGCUUACGUACCGCCGUGUGCCGAACAGACCGCGUCAGACUGUCAGUGCGCGCGUUCUCUCGCCGCCAGUGGUAGUGUCCGAAGUGCGCGCACGCACGCGCCCGCAUUGUGAGCAUGGUGUCUGCACCGCUGUUGUGAAGUGUCGUCGCUGUGUUUAUCGAAAAAAAAAAAAACAAUUAUGUCCUGUGAAAGGAGAACAAAGGCCGCCCGUUUCCUCGACCUCCGAUCCUGACGAAUCUGGUGCGAAGGUUGAAAGGAGAAUUGCAUCUCGCGUGGUGAUUGUAAGCAAUAAGGCAACUAGACCUGGCGCAGAUGUGGGGCGCCCCCCGCCUCACCUCCCGGCCUUGAAAGGCUCUUGA